AUGCCCCCAAACGCAGCAACCACCGCCGCCAUCCUCAAAGCGCUCAGCCGGCACCUCAGGGGCGAAGAACACGAGCGCGCAGAGAUAACCAUCAACGAGGCCAGGCACGAGAUCCUCGCCUCGGAGCUCGACCUCCUCGUCAGGGACCCAGAGUCCCCCCUCGUCGCGGCCAGGCUCAUCCUCACGCUGCGGGACAUCACACCCAGCCCAAAGCCGCCCACAGAGCUGGCAGCACACAUCUUCACCACCACAACCUCCGCCGCCGGCGCAGACCCCUCCUCCACCUCAGUGAUCCUCGACGACACCCACGGCGGCGCAUCCCAGUCCCAGUCCCAGCCCCAGCCCCAAACACCACCCCCACCCCACCGCACAUCCACAAUCCCAACACAUCCACACCCACACCCCUCCCUCAAGCAGACCUACAAAACCUACCUCAAAACCUUCAUGUCGCCCCCCACCACCGCCCUCCCCGCCCUGCCGGCCUUCCUCCACCAGCCCACGGUAACACACAACCGCCGCCCCCUCGGCAUACCAGCGUACCACGGCCUCGGGCAGGCCGUGCGCGCCGCCGUGCCCGACGUCGACGUCGAGGUGGAGGGGCUGCUGGCCGACGGGGCGAGGGGGCUGGUCGCGGCGCGGCUGCGGUUCCGGGGGACGCUGGCGGCGGCGGCGGCGCCUGCGGGUGGUGGGGGUGGGGGGCGCGUGGACAUUGGGGAGAUUGUGUUUUAUUGGUUCGAGGGGGGCAGGAUUCGGGAGGUUGUCAGUCUUGUUGAUUUUGGGGGGGUGUCUGUGGUUGGUGGUGGUGGUGGUGGUGGGUCUUGA